GUACAAAUUUUCUAUAGUAGAGCUAUUGAGGCUGGUUUCGAGCCAAACGUUCUCCCUCUUAAGAUCCUCCCAGAGCACGUACAAGACGCCCCUCGCUUUGGCCGACCUUCAAAGCAGACGGAUAAGGUAAAGGAGCAGAUAAUCCAACAAGUACGACGUGAUAGAUACGGACGAGAGAAGAGCUGCGCUGACGUUGCUGGUGCUCUCAGUCUUCAAGGAGUCAAUAUAUCACGCACUACAGUCUGGAGAGUAUUAAGAGAAGCAGGAUACAGAAAGACCAAGCCGACGAGGAAGCCUGGACUGACACAGGAGAUGAGGAGUGCUCGUCUUAAG